UGAAUAGGAAUAGGGUUUUUUCCGUUGGAGGUUGUCACUGUUACUUACAAAACGAAGCUUUAACUUUACUGAACCUGAGAAGACAACUUCCAUUUUCACUCUUCCUUCCAAUUUCAACAAUAAGGUAUCAUCACAUAUCUCAGAUCUAACCUCGUUUCCCUUCGAUUCGUUAACGUUGUUGUUUCUUUCUUACACGACCACAUGUCCUCUUCUCCAAAAUCAUGCAGGUUCUGUGUUAAUUUUGAUUCUGUUGACAGAAAGCUUGUUCAUCUGUCUCUCUUUUGGCGUUAGCUAUGCUACCAGCUGGAGCCAAAGAGACCCAAUUGCGUGAGAGCAACAGUCAGAAGGUCCACCCUCAACCCAUGGAAGAAGCCAUGAAUCAAAAUCCAGAAGCUGUCGAAACCCUAGUUUCUAAAAUUUUCACAAAUAUCUCUUCUCUGAAAUCAGCUUAUAUUCAGCUGCAAUCUGCUCAUACUCCCUAUGAUCCCGAUAAAAUCCACACUGCUGAUAAACUUGUUAUUAGUGAGCUGAAAAAUCUAUCUGAACUCAAGCAUUUCUACAGGGAAAACAACCCAAAGCCAGUUUGUGUUUCUCCCCAAGACUCACGGUUAGCUGCAGAAAUUCAAGAACAACAGAGCCUCCUGAAAACGUAUGAGGUCAUGGUUAAGAAAUUUCAGUCUGAAAUUCAGAAUAAAGAUUUAGAGAUCCAUCAACUUGAAAAGCAGAUUGAGGAGGCUAGUCAGAAGCGAGCAAAAUUAGAAAAAAAUCUGAAGCUUAGAGGUUUGUCGACUAAAGAAUCAGAAGAUGGAAAUGGAUUUUUCCCGAUUGAUCUAACUCCAGAUCUCUUUACCUCUUCUGUGGAAGCAGCUGCGAAAGCAAUUCAUGAUUUUUCUAAACCUUUGAUCAACAUGAUGAAAGCAGCUGGGUGGGACCUUGAUGCUGCUGCCAACUCAAUUGAACCAAAUGUUGUUUAUGCGAAGAGAGCUCAUAAGAAAUAUGCAUUUGAGUCUUACAUUUGCCAAAGAAUGUUUGGUGGCUUCGAGCAAGAAAGCUUCUCUGUCGAAUCAGACGAUAUUGUAGUCAAUAAAGAGAGUUUCUUCCACCAAUUUCUUGCUUUAAGGGAGAUAGAUCCUUUGGACAUGCUUGGACAAAAUCCAGAUUCCAUUUUUGGGAAAUUUUGCCAGAGCAAAUACCUAGUGAUAGUUCAUCAAAAGAUGGAAGCGUCGUUCUUUGGGAAUCUAGAUCAGCGAAAUCAUGUGAUGGGUGGAGGACAUCCAAGGACUCCGUUUUACCAGGCUUUUCUAAAACUAGCAAAGUCAAUUUGGCUUUUACACAAAUUGGCUUAUUCUUUCGAGCCAAAUGUCAAGGUAUUUCAGGUUAAAGGAGGGAGCGAGUUCUCCGAUGUAUACAUGGAAAGCGUGGUCAAGAAUCUGAUAAUGGAUGAAAAUGAUGAAAAGCCGAAAGUUGGAUUGAUGGUUAUGCCUGGAUUUUGGAUUGGGGGAAGUGUGAUUCAGAGUAAAGUUUAUCUCUCUGGUAUGAAGGUAGCUGAAUGAUUCCUGAAAACAAGCAAGCUUUUCAUGAAAUGCAUAUUUGUUGUAUGUGGUUUUUAUCAGUCAUCAUUUUCUUAUCUUGUAAGAUAACGCUGUUGUUUGUAAUUUUUAAGAUCCCUUUUAGUGCUUGUAAGAAAACAAGCAAGCUUUUCAUGAGUCUGUUAUCUUUAUGUACUUUCAAGUCUCUUGUUGUAACUCCAAUAGUAUAUGUGGGAAGGAUACUGAAAGUUGUAUAAAAGUUUUAACUUUUUACUCA